AAUGAGCCAGUUCAGAAAUAUGUAAAGGAGGUGAUCACUCGUGACAAAGCAGCUCAGAGUCUGCGACCCUCUUUAGGAAGCACUCAGCGAAUCACUCAGGAACUCCGCACUUCCAAGCAAGUGAAAAGGAAGGAAAACCGUUAUCGUGUAGUAGCCAGCCAUCGACCGAACUGCACUGAGACAGGUGCAUCUGUCACAAAUGGCGAGGCAUCGAUUGAUGCUGACAGAACAGACUCUGAAGCAACAGAAUAUGCUUCGCAAAAGGAGAGCGGUGCUGUCGAUAAGAGUUUGGACUGCUGUGGGAAAUUCCAGUUGUUUGAUAUUGAACAAGACGAGGCGAUGAUGGGUGUUGCUGCUGCAAACCCACAGCGGAAGACUGAUCCAGAUGUGAUUCUUUGCAAUGCAGUAGAGAUGAUCCGUGAGCGUUUACAUGUUUCUGAAGAUGGUAAAAAAGAACACCAAGAGAAAGAAGAUGAGUAUGUUUAUGACAUCUACUAUAUGGAAACAUCCGCCCCUGGUUGGAUCCAAAACAUCCUUUCUGUAGAGCCUUACAGAGAAGAGUAUCAACUGGUAGAUGAUGAUUAUGUUCCAGAGGAGUUAGAGGAAGAUGAAGAUGAUGAAAAUGAUGAAAAUAACUGGCGUAAUGAUUAUCCUGAUGAAGAUGAAUUCUUAUUUGAGGAAGAUGGUGAUGGAGAAAAAGACUCUGAAGAGAGCUUCAGUGAUGAGGACCAAUGGAACAAAUACCGAAAGGAGGUUUUACAGGAAUUUGGAUAUGAUGGAGAUCCAGGAUUUGGAUUCUGA